CCCAGGCACUACUGGGGAAACCUUUAAUGGGGAAAGACAAGCCGAGACGCGACCUGCUGGGGGCCGUUAGACCCUCCUCUCCGGGGUCGAGGAGGGAGGACCAUUCUUUGCCUCAGCCCCUCCUUUGGAGGUUCCGAGCUCGCCGGCCAGGAGCGGCAGCGCGCUCCGGGCAGCUGGACAAACCCCGCGCCCGGCUGCGCUGCGCCAUGCCGGAGGGUUGAGUGUCGCGGACGUUGCUCUGGGACACAGCAGGACCUCGUCCCGCUUUGCGUGGGGACUGCGCGCGCCAGGGCAGAGCCCGGGCCGCUGACCAUGGUGCUGCCGCCUCCGGACCGGCGCCACGUGUGCCUGACCACGCUGGUGAUCAUGGGCAGUAUGGCAGUCAUGGACGCGUACCUGGUGGAGCAGAACCAGGGCCCGCGCAAGAUCGGGGUGUGCAUAAUCGUGUUGGUAGGCGACGUGUGCUUCUUGCUGGUGCUGCGCUACGUGGCCGUGUGGGUGGGCGCCGAGGUGCGCACGGCCAAGCGUGGCUACGCUAUGAUCCUCUGGUUCCUCUAUAUCUUCGUGCUGGAGAUCAAGCUCUAUUUCAUCUUUCAGAACUACAAGGCAGCGCGGCGUGGAGCGGCCGACCCGGUGGCUCGCAAGGCGCUGACACUGCUGCUGUCCGUGUGCGUGCCAGGACUGUUCUUGUUGCUUGUGGCACUAGACCGCAUGGAGUACGUGCGCACCUUCCGAAAGCGCGAAGACCUUCGCGGCCGCCUCUUCUGGGUGGCCUUAGAUCUGCUGGAUCUGCUGGACAUGCAGGCCAAUCUCUGGGAGCCGCCGCGCACCGGGCUGCCGCUGUGGGCCGAAGGCCUCACCUUUUUCUAUUGCUACAUGCUGCUGCUGGUGCUGCCCUGCGUGGCGCUCAGCGAGGUCAGCAUGCAAGGGGAGCACAUCGCACCGCAGAAGAUGAUGUUGUACCCGGUGCUCAGCCUGGCCACUGUCAACGUGGUGGCUGUGCUGGCCCGUGCCGCCAACAUGGCGCUCUUCCGAGAUAGCCGAGUCUCGGCCAUCUUCGUGGGCAAGAACGUGGUGGCACUGGCCACCAAGGCCUGCACGUUCCUCGAGUACCGUCGCCAGGUUCGCGACUUCCCACCACCUGCGCUUGCGCUUGAGCUGCAGCCACCUCCUUCCCAGCGCAAUUCGGUGCCGCCGCCUGCACCACUGCAUGGUCCGCCAGUGCGUCCCCACGGGCCCUCACCCACUCGUGACGCGUUGGACACGUGACAGGCCCCCCCCCCCGCGGGCCGCACAGACGCUGGACUAGCUGCUGCGCGCGCGUGUGGUUUGCAUGGGAUGGGAUGAGGCAGGCUCCCAUUAGGGACAGGUGCUGUGAGUACCUGUGCAGUGCCUGGGGUGCCGGGGCCGCGUCUGCUUCUUCAUCUCAGGAAUCUCUCGGACCACGGACCUUCAGCUCCCACUCCACUGGCUCUCCUCGAUGCACAGGGCAGUUGGUGAGGCCUGGUCCCAAGUGGAGAUGCCUCAGCUCCCGCCUGCUGCUGGGCUGCCGGGGUGGGGAGGGAGGUCAGUGUUCCAGGAGAUCUAGACUUACGGUAGGAGCCCCUGGCUCAGAGUUUGGGGCCAAGGAAGCCUCUGUCAUUUUAAAGACUUGUGUUUACAGUUUUGUACACAAAGCCUGGCUGUUUUUCCUGUUUCACGAGUCCCCUGCCUAAGAGCUGGGCAGAGUGGCAAGGACUGGUGAGUGCUGGCGGCCAUGGGCAGCCAGGUACUUCUGGAGCAAACUUCUGGGUCUCUUCUUGAGGUGGGUCUCAGUCGUUCCUGGGUGGGUCUGUUAUUAUGACCCUGUGUCAGAGACACUGCCUCUUCUCCCAUCUCCCUGCGUCUGUUCCUACAGACUCUGCUCUUCCUGAGGUAUCCUGACCCUCCUGUGCCCCCAGUUCUUCAGUGUUCACAGUUGUCCAGGCCUCAUGUCCCCGCCCUUCCCACUCAGGUUCAGAAGUGUCCUCGCAUCCAUCCCCUUCAUGUACAAACAUCCUCUUCUGUCUGUGGGUGACGUGGGCUCAUGACUGCCAGUGUCAAAUGGGACCAGGUGCCAGCUCUGUUCCCAAGUUGAAGCUGCAUGCAACCUCCGCCAGAAGAGCAGUCUGGCCUCGUGUCACCCCAGCCUGGCCCUGCCCCAGACACUGGCCAGUCCCGCAGUGCCCUGGCCCAGUGCACAGGCUUUGAUGUCUGUCUGUGGUCUCUCCCUGACUUCCACUCCAAAUCUGCAGUGACUGAGUUCACCGGGCCUAGGAGGGUCUCUUUGGGGCAUUUGGGGAGGGGCUUUAAUGAGGCUGUUUGAGGGGGCCUUAACUGUAAGGGGUAAUGGCUGGCCUGGCGUCUGCAGCGCCAUGCGGACCCCCAUGGCCUGCCAGGCCUGUGUCACUGCAUUGCCUGGUCCUCACAUUGAUUUACACCCUUGUGAUUCAGAGUAGGAGGUCUGCUGUCCGGUCUGACCUGCUGUAGCGGGGUGUGGAUUCAGCUGUGCCCAGCAGGGCAGCUCCAUCCCUGUGCCCACCUCUGGAUGCACUGACUGUGCCCACCUGUGCCCACCUCUGGAUGUCCCUUCCCUACCCAGAGAGCUGCUUCUCUGAGUCUGAAUUUAGAGCAUCGCCUGCUUUGCAAGCAGCUGUCCUCGGAGACACAGGGAUGGCCCAUGUGUCUGUUCCCCUCACUUGGUGGAGGGUGGCUAGUGCCUCUCUGGCUUCCAUACUGGGCCUUGUCCCUACCUCAGACUAUAUCCCCCACAGUGCCUGAUGAGCACCCCGAAGGCCUUGGCUCUGGGUUCUACACCCCAAGACACUGCAACCUACUGACAAGCUGAGAGAGUGGAGGCCUGUGGUGCACGCAGGACAGUGACCCUGUAGAGUGUGCAUGGGCUGGCUGCAGGAGUCCCUCAGUUAGUGCGCAGACCCUGGCUGUCUUUGGCUUUGUGUGGUCUUGGACGGGGGGCGCAAUGGAUGAGGCCCAAGAGGUGAGCUGUAAUUCUGAGCAUCUGGGGUGUUGCCUGUGUCCUUCUCUUGUUGAAGGCAGGACCAUCCUAUCUGUCCACUCUUGUCUCUGUGCUCACAUUUGCUAAAGCGUCAGAUACAUCUGGCUGUCCCUUUCCUAACUUCUUCCCCGCAGAGGAAGUUUCUCUAUUUAACAGUUUUGGCUGUCCUGGAACUCAUUCUGUAGAUCAGACUGGCCUUGAACUCACAGAGAUCCACCUGCUGGGAUUAAAGGUGUGCGCCACCA